GGCGGGAACUGCCAAAACUUCCACUAUGGCACUGGUGAUGGAACCUGUGAGCAAAUGGACAACCAGCCAAGUCGUGGACUGGAUGAAAGGUCUGGAUGACUGUCUGCAGCAGUACAUCAAGAACUUUGAGCAUGAGAAGGUGGGAGGGGAGCAGCUGCUGAGGAUCACCCACCAGGAGCUGGAGGACCUGGGGGUGUCUCGCAUCGGCCACCAGGAACUCAUCCUGGAGGCUGUCGAUCUGCUGUGUGCAUUGAACUAUGGGCUGGAGACGGAGAACCUGAAGACGCUGUCGCACAAGCUGAACGCCUCGGCCAAGAACCUGCAGAACUUCAUCACGUGCCGUCGCCGCGGCGGCCACUACGACGGGCGCGCCACCAGGAAGCUGCCCAACGACUUCCUGACCUCCGUAGUGGACCUUAUCGCCGCCGCCAAGACCCUGCUGGCAUGGCUGGACAGGUCUCCGUUUGCAGCCGUGGCCGACUACUCCAUGACCCGCAACAACGUCAUCCAGCUCUGCCUAGAACUCACUACCAUAGUGCAGCAGGACUGCACAGUGUUUGAGACGGAAAACAAGAUUCUGCACGUGUGUAAGACUCUGUCGGAGGCGUGUGAGCACAUCAUCUCUCUGUCGUCUGACCCCAUGGUGUCCCAGUCAGCCCACCUGGAGGUGGUGCAGCUCGACAACAUCAAGUCCACCGAGGGCCUGGGGAUGUACAUCAAGUCCACGUACGACGGCCUGCACGUCAUCACCGGGACAACGGAAGGGUCUUUGGCAGAUCGCUGUAAAAAGAUCCACGCAGGCGAUGAAGUGAUCCAGGUCAACCACCAGACAGUGGUGGGUUGGCAGCUGAAGAACUUGGUGAGUAUGCUUCGUGGUGAUUCAGGGGGCGUGUCCCUGACCCUGAAGAAGAGGCCCCAGAGCACGCUCACCUCCGCCCCCGCCCUGCUCAAGAACAUGCGCUGGAAACCCCUCGCCUUGCAGCCCAUCAUCCCGCCCAGUCCCAGCAGCAGUAUAGCUACGCCCUCCAGCACGCUGAGCACGCCGUCCAGACGCAACAGCUGUGCCCUACAGGACCUCUAUAUCCCCCCACCACCAGAUGAGCCAUACGCACCCAGGGAAUAUGAUAACAUCCUUCCCCUGCUGGACCAGCCAUACACACCCAGCCAAACCGUAUCCCUCUCCCCCACCCCUGGUUACCAUAGGGACGAUUCCGGGACCCUGCCGCCGGUGGAGCAGCAUGGGAACCACCCGGUCGCCAAGGGCUCGGAGUCGCCCAACUCCUUCCUGGACCAGGAGUGUCGUCGGCGAUUCCCAUUGGUGGAGGAGGAUGCCGUGUUGUACUGCUACGAGUAUGACCAGAACCAGCCGCUACCGCUGCCGCCUCCACCGCGCCGAGACCCCAACCCCACAUACGGCCGGCUGCGUCCCAUCUCCAUGCCAGUGGAGUGUAACUGGGCGGGAGAUUAUGAAGACCCCGCCCUCCUGAAGAGAGAGUUUAGACGAGAGAACUCCCUCAUGCGAUACGUCAGCGAGGACAAGGGGCCACCUGAGGAGUAUCUGAUAGGACGCAGCGCCAGUAGGCGGAGUCGGAAGAAGAAUGAAAAGGGCACUAGUCCCUCCCACUACGCGUUAGUUCCUGCCAUCCAGAUGGAUAUGAUUCGCCAGGAAACCAUGACCACGCCCACAUCCGACACCGUCUCCAUACAUCACAUGUUUGACCAGGCGUCACUACUUUCAAGGUCGAAGAAGAAACUCAGAGUGGGCUCCUUGUCCUCCAUCAGUAAGCGGCGUAUCUCCUGUAAGGAUCUGGGCCAGGCGGACUGCGAGGGCUGGCUAUGGAAGAAGAAGGAUGCCAAGAGCUACUUCUCCCAGAAGUGGAAGAAGUACUGGUUCAUCCUGAAGGACUCCUGUCUCUACUGGUACAUGAACGAGGAGGACGAGAAGGCAGAAGGUUUCGUCAGCCUGCCAGAGUUUAAAAUCGACCGUGCCAACGAGUGCCGCAAGAAAUAUGCUUUCAAGGCCUGCCAUCCGAAGAUCAAGAGUUUCUACUUCGCUGCAGACAGUGUGGAUGACAUGACCAGGUGGGUCAGUCGACUGAGCAUUGCCACCACUCUACACACAGAGCUGGAACGUAUGAGGCAAGAUCACGACUACUGGAGCGAGAGCGAUCAGGAAGAGGGUGACAACAUGUCAACCAUGCCCAAACAGGACAGCCCUCCGCCGCCCUACGACACCUACCCACACCCUGCAUCGGUGAGCCCUUACCUGGAGCCCAAGCACGCCCGCCACUCCUCCUCCGACACCCACUCCACACACUCCCGCUCCCCGCACGAGGAGUACCGGCCCGACUCCCAGCAGAGCGGCAGCAUAGGACGAGGAGGCAGCAGCAGUGGAGGCCCCGGAACCUCCCCAGGCAGGGAAGGCAGCACUGGGGGAGGAGGAGGUGGAGGAGGAGGUGGAGGUGGUGGUCGGCGUAACGCCAGCCAGCGCCGCUCCUGGCAGGACCUGAUCGACUCCCCGCUCACGGCCGCCGGGCUCCACUUCCUGCAGACGCUCCCAUUGGACGACACCGUGUUCUUGGACGCCUCCGGAGUGCCCGUGUCCAUGCCCGUCCCCGUGCCCAUGGAGCUGCGGCGCCAGGCCACCCUGCCCGCCCAGCGCAGCCACCCCAUGAUGGGCACCUCCGAGCGGGGGUACGGGCCCCUCAUGCACGCCCCCCAGGGGGGCAGAGACCACGGGGGAGAAGGAGGGGGGCGGCAGCAGCAGCAGCCGUCGCCGCUGCCCCAUCCGCAUUCCUACUCCGGGGUGACGAUGAUGGGGGGGCCGCCCCUGCAGGACCUGGGGGCUGGUGGUGGUGGUGGAGGGGGCGGGAAACCCCGUAGCUUCACGCUGCCCCGGGAUAGCGGGCUGCACGCCAUACUGGCGGCCUCUGCCGCCGCUGAGCAUCGGGACGCCGCGCCACGCUACCACCUGGCACCCGCGCCCAGAGAUCAGGGUAUGCAGCGGGAGCGGCGGCAGCAGGCGGACUCUGUGGGGGACCUGUACCGUGCGCUGGAGAGGGCCAGCCUGGGGGAGAUGAGGACUGCAGGGGCCCCCAACCGGCUGGAGUACAAGCGAUCCUUUGUGCGGCGCUGCAACGACCCGCUGCUCAACGAUAAACUACACCGCAUGAGAAUCAUGCACAGUUCUCUCAAGGACGUGUCCCUCCAGGACUCAGACAGGCCAUCUGGUUAUUUAGGUUAGCUGCAUCCGUUACCAUGGCGAUGUCGAUGGAGCAGCGUUAUACGCCCACUAUGCCAUGCGACGCCUACAUCAGCAGACUCCCAGCAUCCACCACGGCCCCUGCAACCUUACUGUCUCAUCAUCCCUACCUUUACCAGGAAAGCAUGUAGCUCUGCCACCCCUUCCCUCUGUCUCUAUCUUUCUCUCAAGCUCUUUCAUUUACACCCAGAGAAGA